AUGGACCUGGAGGGGCGCGGGCCCAGCCGCUGCCCGGGGUCCCGGGACGCGUUAGAGGCUCAGCGCUGGGCGCGGUGGGGUGGCGGUGGGAACGGCCUCCCCGGCCCAGCCCCGGGGGCCGAGAUCUGGGCAGUAGCGGGCCGGACCUCCCCUUGCCUGGAUGGGAGCCCGUGUGUGAAUGGAGGUCGCUGCACCCAGCUGCCCACGCGGGAGGCUGCCUGUCUGUGCCCCCCAGGCUGGGUGGGUGAGCGGUGCCAGCUGGAAGACCCCUGCCACUCAGGUCCCUGUGCUGGCCGAAGUGUGUGCCAGAGCUCGGUGGUGGCGGGCACUGCCCGCUUCUCCUGCCGCUGCCCUCGUGGUUUCCGAGGCCCCGACUGCUCCCUGCCGGACCCCUGCCUCAGCAGCCCCUGUGCCCAUGGUGCCCGCUGCUCUGUGGGGCCCGAUGGACGCUACGUCUGCUCCUGCCCAACGGGCUACCAGGGCCGCAGCUGCCGCAGCGACGUUGAUGAAUGCCGGGGGGGUGGGCCCUGCCACCACGGGGCCACCUGUCUCAACACACCUGGCUCCUUCCACUGCCAGUGCCCAGCUGGCUACCUGGGACCACUGUGCGAGAGCCCUGCUGUGCCCUGUGCUCCCUCGCCCUGCCGGAAUGGGGGCACCUGCCGGCAGAGUGGCGAGUACGCCUAUGACUGUGCCUGCCUUCCUGGGUUUGAGGGCCAAAACUGUGAAGUGAAUGUGGACGACUGUCCAGGACACCGAUGUCUAAAUGGGGGGAUGUGUGUGGAUGGCGUGAACACCUACAAUUGCCAGUGCCCCCCCGAGUGGACAGGCCAGUUCUGCACGGAAGACGUGGACGAGUGUCAGCUGCAGCCCAAUGCCUGCCACAAUGGGGGCACCUGCUUCAACACCUUGGGUGGCCACAGCUGCGUGUGUGUCAAUGGCUGGACAGGCGAGAGCUGCAGCCAGAACAUCGAUGACUGCGCCACAGCCGUGUGCUUCCACGGGGCCACCUGCCAUGACCGUGUGGCCUCCUUCUACUGCGCCUGCCCUAUGGGAAAGACCGGGCUCCUGUGCCACCUGGAUGAUGCCUGUGUCAGUAACCCCUGUCAUGAGGAUGCCAUCUGUGACACCAACCCAGUGAAUGGCCGGGCCAUCUGCACCUGCCCCCCGGGCUUCACAGGAGGGGCAUGUGACCAGGAUGUGGAUGAGUGCUCCAUCGGAGCCAACCCCUGCGAGCACCUGGGCAGGUGCGUGAACACACAGGGCUCAUUCCUCUGCCAGUGUGGCCGUGGCUACACAGGCCCACGCUGCGAGACCGACAUCAACGAGUGUCUGUCGGGGCCCUGCCGCAACCAGGCCACGUGCCUGGACCGUAUUGGCCAGUUCACCUGCAUCUGCAUGGCAGGUUUCACAGGCACCUUUUGCGAGAUGGACAUCGAUGAGUGUCAGAGCAGUCCAUGUGUCAACGGUGGCGUCUGCAAAGACCGCGUCAAUGGCUUCAGCUGCACCUGUCCCUCAGGCUUCAGUGGGGCCACGUGCCAGCUGGAUGUGGACGAGUGCGCCAGCACGCCCUGCAGAAAUGGCGCCAAGUGCGUGGACCAGCCCGACGGCUACGAGUGUCGCUGCGCAGAGGGCUUUGAGGGCACCCUGUGCGAGCGAAACAUUGACGACUGCUCGCCGGACCCUUGCCACCAUGGGCGCUGUGUGGAUGGCAUCGCCAGCUUCUCGUGCGCCUGCGCCCCAGGCUACACCGGCACGCGCUGUGAGAGCCAGGUGAAUGAGUGCCGCAGCCAGCCCUGCCGCCACGGGGGAAAAUGCCUAGACCUGGUGGACAAAUACCUCUGUCGAUGCCCGCCAGGCACCACAGGUGUGAACUGUGAGGUGAACAUCGAUGACUGUGCCAGCAACCCUUGCACUUUUGGGAUUUGCCGGGAUGGCAUCAACCGCUACGACUGUGUCUGCCAGCCUGGCUUCACAGGGCCCCUCUGCAAUGUGGAAAUCAACGAGUGCGCUUCCAGCCCCUGUGCCGAAGGAGGCUCCUGUGUGGAUGGAGAAAACGGCUUUCGCUGCCUGUGCCCCCCGGGCUCCCUGCCCCCACUGUGCCUCCCGCCCAGCCACCCCUGUGCCCAAGAGCCCUGCAGUCACGGCGUCUGCCAUGAUGCGCCCGGCGGGUUCCGCUGCGUGUGUGAGCCUGGCUGGAGUGGCCCCAGGUGUGACCAAAGCCUUGCCCAGGAUGCCUGUGACUCACAGCCCUGCAGGGCCGGUGGCACCUGCACCAGCGAGGGAGUGGGCUUCCGCUGCAUCUGUCCCCCCGGCGUCCAGGGCCGCCAGUGUGAGCUGCCGUCUCCCUGCACCCCAAACCCCUGUGAGAAUGGGGGCCACUGUGAGUCUGCCUCCAGCCAGCUGGCUGUCUGCUCCUGCCCCCCUGGCUGGCAAGGCCCACGAUGUCAGCAGGAUGUGGAUGAGUGUGCAGGCUCCUCACCCUGUGGCCCCCAUGGUACCUGUACCAACCUGGCAGGGACUUUCGGCUGCACCUGCCACGGGGGUUACGGAGGCCCUUCCUGCGAUCAGGACAUUGAUGACUGCGACCCCAACCCGUGCCUGAAUGGCGGCUUGUGUCAGGAUGGCGUGGGCUCCUUUUCCUGCUCCUGCCUCCCUGGCUUCGCUGGCCCACGCUGUGCCCGCGAUGUGGACGAGUGUCUGAGCAGUCCCUGUGGCCCAGGCACCUGCACCGACCACGUGGCCUCCUUCACCUGCACCUGUCCUCCUGGCUACGGAGGCUUUCACUGUGAAUGGGACUUGCCAGACUGCAGCCCCAGCUCCUGCUUCAACGGAGGUACCUGCAUAGACGGAGUGACCUCGUUCAGCUGCCUGUGCCGCCCCGGCUACACAGGCGCCCACUGCCAACACCAGGUCGACCCCUGCCUGUCGCGGCCCUGCCUGAACGGGGGCGUCUGCAGCGCUGCCCACCCUGGCUUCCACUGCGCCUGCCCCCAGGGCUUCACUGGCAGCCAGUGCCAGACGCUGGUAGACUGGUGCAGCCGUGUGCCCUGUCAGAACGGGGGUCGCUGUACCCAGACUGGGGCCUCCUUCUAUUGCCUUUGCCCCUCGGGGUGGAGCGGCCGCCUCUGCGACAUCCAGAGCCUGCCGUGCAGGGAAGCCGCAGCCCAUAUCGGCGUACGGCCAGAGCAGCUGUGCCAGGCGGGCGGGCGGUGCGUGGACGAGGGCAGUGCCCACUACUGCUUGUGCCCAGAGGGCCGCACGGGCAGCCACUGUGACCAGGAGGUGGACCCCUGCCUGGCACAGCCCUGCCAGCAUGGGGGCACCUGCCGUGGCUACAUGGGGGGCUACAUGUGUGAGUGCCCCGCUGGCUACACCGGUGACGACUGUGAGGAUGAUGUGGAUGAGUGUUCCUCCCAGCCCUGCCAGCAUGGGGGCUCCUGCAUUGACCUGGUGGCCCGCUAUCUCUGUUCCUGCCCCCCCGGGACGCUAGGCGUGCUCUGUGAGAUCAAUGAGGACGAUUGUGGCCUAGGCCUGUCCCAGGAGCAAGGCCCCCUGUGUCUGCACAAUGGCACCUGCGUGGACCUGGUGGGCGGCUUCCGCUGCACCUGCCCCCCGGGCUACACCGGCCUGCGCUGUGAGGCAGAUAUCAACGAGUGUCGCCCUGGCACCUGCCACUCAGCACACACACGGGACUGCCUGCAGGACCCAGGUGGGGGCUUCCAUUGCCUUUGCCACGCAGGCUUCACAGGUCUCCGCUGUCAGACGGUCCUGUCGCCCUGCGAGUCCCAGCCUUGCCAACAUGGGGGCCAGUGCAGCCCGAGCUCGGGCCAGGGGGGUGCGCUGACCUUCAUCUGCCACUGUGUUCCGCCCUUCUGGGGCCCGCGGUGCGAGCGAGUGGCGCGCUCCUGUCGGGAGCUGCAGUGCCCAGUCGGCGUCCCGUGCCAGCAGACGGUCCGCGGGCCGCGCUGUGCCUGCCCCCCGGGGCUAUCGGGGCCCUCCUGCCGGGGUUCGCGGGGGUCGCCGCCGGGGGCCACCAACGCCAGCUGCGCGGCCGCCCCCUGCCUGCACGGGGGUUCGUGUCGCCCCGCGCCGCUCGCGCCUUUCUUCCUCUGCUCGUGCGCGCCAGGCUGGGCCGGGCAGCGCUGCGAGGCGCCCGCUGAGCUCCCCGAGGCGCCCGAGGAGCCGCGGUGCCCCCUUGCGGCUUGCCGCACCAAGCGCGGGGACCGCCGCUGCGACCGCGAGUGCAACAGCCCGGGCUGCGGCUGGGACGGCGGCGACUGCUCGCUGAGCGUGGGCGAUCCCUGGCGGCAGUGCGCGGCGCUGCAGUGCUGGCGCCUCUUCAACAACAGCCGCUGUGACCCCGCUUGUAGCUCGCCCGCCUGCCUCUAUGACAACUUCGACUGCCACACCGGCGGCGGCCGUGAGCGCACCUGCAACCCCGUGUACGAGAAGUACUGCGCAGACCACUUUGCCGACGGCCGCUGCGACCAGGGCUGCAACACGGAGGAAUGCGGCUGGGACGGGCUGGACUGCGCGGUGGAGGUGCCGGCGCUGCUGGCGCGCGGGGUGCUGGUGCUCACCGUGCUGCUGCCGCCUGAUGAGCUGCUGCGCUCCAGCGCCGACUUCCUGCAGCGGCUCAGCGCCAUUCUGCGCACCUCGCUGCGCUUCCGCCUGGACGGGAAUGGCCAGGCCAUGGUCUUCCCUUACCACCGGCCCAGCCCUGCGCCCCGCACCCGGCGGGAGCUGGUCCCUGAAGUGAUCGGCUCUGUGGUCAUGCUGGAGAUUGACAACCGGCUGUGCCUGCAGUCGCCCGAGAAUGACCACUGCUUCCCUGAUGCCCAGAGCGCGGCUGACUACCUGGGCGCCCUGUCGGCGGUGGAGCGCCUGGACUUCCCGUACCCGUUGCGGGCUGUGAGGGCGGAACCGCUGGAGCUGCCGGAGCCGAGUGUGCCACUGCUGCCGCUGCUGGCUGCGGGCGCCGUCUUCUUGCUAGUCAUCCUCGUCCUGGGUGUCAUGGUGGCCCGGCGCAAGCGUGAGCACAGCACCCUGUGGUUCCCUGAGGGCUUCGCGCUGCACAAGGACACAGCUGCAGGCCACAAGGGCCGGCGGGAGCCCGUGGGCCAGGAUGCACUGGGCAUGAAGAACAUGGCCAAGGGUGACAGUCUGAUGGGGGAGGUGGCCUCAGAAUGGAUGGACACCGAGUGCCCGGAGACCAAGCGACUGAAGGUAGAGGAGCCCAGCGUGGGGGCCGAGGAUGCUGUGGACUGCCGCCAGUGGACUCAACACCACCUGGUUGCUGCUGACAUCCGCAUGGCACCAGCCAUGGCAUUGACACCACCACAGGGCGAUGUGGAUGCUGAUGGCAUGGAUGUCAAUGUGCGAGGACCAGAUGGCUUCACCCCGCUAAUGCUGGCCUCCUUCUGUGGGGGGGCCCUGGAGCCGAUGCCGGCUGAGGAUGAUGAGGCUGAUGACACGUCGGCUAGCAUCAUCUCGGACCUGAUCUGCCAGGGUGCCCAGCUUGGGGCACAGACUGACCGCACUGGCGAGACUGCCCUGCACCUGGCCGCCCGCUACGCCCGGGCCGAUGCAGCCAAGCGGCUGCUGGAUGCUGGGGCAGACACCAAUGCCCAGGACCACUCAGGCCGCACCCCCCUGCACACGGCUGUCACUGCCGAUGCCCAGGGUGUCUUCCAGAUUCUCAUCCGGAACCGAUCCACAGACCUGGAUGCCCGCAUGGCAGACGGCUCGACGGCACUGAUUCUGGCAGCCCGCCUGGCAGUAGAGGGCAUGGUGGAAGAGCUCAUUGCCAGCCAUGCGGAUGUUAAUGCUGUAGAUGAGCUCGGGAAAUCAGCCUUACACUGGGCUGCUGCUGUCAACAACGUGGAGGCCACCUUGGCCCUGCUAAAAAAUGGAGCCAACAAGGACAUGCAGGACAGCAAGGAGGAGACGCCUCUGUUCCUGGCUGCCCGUGAGGGCAGCUUCGAGGCUGCCAAGCUGCUGCUGGACCAUUUCGCCAACCGCGAGAUCACAGACCACCUGGACCGGCUGCCACGAGACGUGGCCCAGGAGCGGCUGCACCAGGACAUCGUGCGGCUGCUGGACCAGCCCAGCGGGCCCCGCAGUCCUCCCGGCCCCCAUGGCCUGGGUCCCCUGCUCUGCCCGCCUGGAGCCUUCCUCCCAGGCCUCAAGGCAGCACCAUCAGGGGGCAAGAAGAGCCGGAGACCCCCUGGAAAGGCAGGGCUGGUGCCACAGGGGACCCGGGGACGGGGCAAGAAGCUGACGCUGGCCUGCCCAGGGCCACUGGCAGACAGCUCCGUCACCCUCUCGCCUGUGGACUCACUGGACUCCCCGCGGCCCUUUGGGGGGCCUCCUGCCUCCCCUGGUGGCUUCUCCCUUGAGGGGCCCUAUGUAGCUGCCACUGCCACAGCGGUGUCUCUGGCACAGCUUGGGGGUGCCGGGCGGGUGGGUCUAGGGCGCCAGCCACCGGGGGGCUGCGUGCUCAGCCUGGGUCUCCUGAACCCUGUGGCGGUGCCCCUUGACUGGGCCCGCUUGCCCCCACCGGCCCCACCGGGCCCCUCCUUCCUGCUCCCCCUGGCCCCGGGUCCUCAGCUGCUGAACCCUGGGACCCCUGUCUCCCCCCAGGAGCGGCCCCCACCAUAUCUUGCUGCCCUGGGACAUAGUGAGGAAUAUGCGGCAGCUGGGCCCCACAGCAGCCCACGCAAAGCCCACUUCCUGCGGGUCCCCAGUGAGCACCCUUACCUGACCCCCUCCCCUGAGUCCCCGGAGCACUGGGCCAGCCCAUCGCCGCCCUCCCUCUCGGACUGGUCCGACUCCACACCCAGCCCGGCUACAGCUUCUGGUGCCACGGCCGCAGGGACACUACCUGCCCAGACCCUCUCCCUGACUGUCCCUGGCCCCCUCACCCAGACUCAGACCCAGGUGGGGUCCCACCCCGAGGUUCCCCCCAAGAGGCAGGUGUUGGCCUGA